GGGAGCAGAUUGGUACGUACAGGCACUACUAGGGAUGGUGGAGAUGGCGCCAUUGCAAGAGUACAGGAUGCUCGUCGUACUGGUGGACGUUAAGGAUGGAUAUGUACAACCUAAUAAUAACAUCGGAUAGUACGGAAAGGAUGUGAGUGUUUUCAAUGCUGCACAAAGUAUGCCACGGAGUCGCUAAUUACGGAACCGCAGCAUCAUUCCCGAUUGCCAACAUCUUGAUGCGUGUUCACAGCGAAAUGAUAUUUUCAACGACAGCACACAGCAGCCGCACGCGAUCUUACCAUGCUCAUCCUUCGCGCAUCUUGCACCGCGAAAAGUGAUUGUAAAGGAUGAAAAACGAGCCUGUCAACGUCGUACCUUACGUGGAUAUCGACACAUUUGAUCGGCAGCCACGAGGUCCGCCGGAAUUCUAUAAACUAACCGAUGCCGAUGGAGUUCCGGCGGGGGAAUUGUGGAAGACACGGAAAGUCCGUUUGGCUAAGCUGCUGGUUAUUGUCAUUGUUCCCAUGUUGGCUACCAUUGUACAGUGUGGAUUUUUUAUGAUCCAUAGCCAUCAAGAAUACAGUUUAUACAAACACACAAGCAAAAGUAUCGACGCAUCUCUGUAUAUGGGACUUUUACUGACGCAACUUCAAGAUGCAUCUAUCAAUGACGAAGGGCGAACCGUUUAUAAUAUCGCUGCAACUAUUCAGCAAGGUGUAGAGGAUCUCAGACAAUCCCAGUUGCAGAAUAACCGUCAUCCGGCAACAGAAUCAAGAAUUCUGGGUAUUUCUCACUGCGCUUCCAGCACAGAUAGCCUGGGAAAUGCGCGGAAAUAUCGAGUUGAUUUAGUGGCCUGCAAACUGCUGGCUCUGGAAGUUUGGAAGUUAACGGUGGAAAGAAUUUUCCUCGGAGGCGAUCGAGAAGGAAGUAUUUGGAACCUAUUUAUUUCAUAUGAACUGUUAUUGCGCUAUCGGUUUUCUAUGGAUUACGUCGAUGCUACACAGGAAUGCGCGAACACAUCAGCAGGCAUUGAUCGAACUGAUCUCUUUACGCGAGCUGUUCAUCGCAUACCGGAAAUGGAAACGAAGUUGGUCAUCUCCACAAUGCAAGGCACCUGCCCGAAUCGCUCCCACGUGGACCAGCUAACUGACAUUCUAAUUGCGUCAAUUAACGCGGAAAUGAGAAAAAAUCAACACGAUGUCGAACUGCGCUAUUACGCAGCCCUGACCCUCCUGGUUGUCACCGCUGUUAUUUGUCCACUGCUGUGCUUCGCUUUCGUCCGCUCGGCCACCAAGAUCUCAGCGGCUGUCAGUCAUUUCAACCGAGAAAUCAGCACACGCGCGACAGAGCUAAUGGCCACCCGGGCGGAUAUUGAGCAGUUCUUCCAGGAAUGUGUGCCGAGAGCAGUAGUGGACAUCCUGGCGAUAAGGAACGGUGAUACAUACGCUGAACAGUAUGAUUCAAUAACGCUGUUGUCGCUGGAUGUCGCCGGUUUGAAUGCCUUCAUCAACCGCUCCAACUCCGCACAGAUGACAGAGCUCCUUAAUGCUGUCUUUGAGACAGUGGAUCGUGUUGCCGACCGCUUCAACGUGUGCAUCGUGAAAACCGUGGGCGGAUCCGCACUGGUAUCCUGUGGCGUACCGGCACGCUACGACGCCCAUGCGGUGGAGAUGUGCAAGUUUGCACUGAAAUUGAUGGAAACGACGGAAACGGCUGAACAUCCGCCGACACGGCGCGCUAGAGACCUCUCAUUACGCCUUCGAAUGGGCCUUCACACGGGGCCAUGUAUUGCGGGAGUACUUGAAGGAACAAUUCCAGCGUACUGCCUGUUUGGCAGUAUGAAAGUCACAGUAGCACAGCUAAAGGAUUAUAGCCAAGGAGGAAGAAUAUUGCUGUCUAACCAUGUCAAAAUAGCGCUAAAUUCCUUUGGUUUGUUUCGGUGUAAGCCACGAGGUCAAGUCGACAUCAGGGAUUUUGGAGCUUUAUACUCUUGGUGGCUUAUCAGCAUGACUGGAACAAAUUUUUGUGCUGAAUUGUAGGCUGAUAAAGGAUAACAUAAUUAAAAAAGUCUUUCUAUGGACGUUAAAUUAUUUUGUAAUUUACAAUGCUUGGAUUCAGCACGACAAUUGCUGUUUUAUGGCGAUAGAAGCAUAGUGAUGCAAGUUUAUUGGGCAGCUAUGACAUCAGUUAUCAACUUAUCAUCAACCGAUUUUGGGUAGAUCUUGCUCGGUGUUAUUCAAAAUCAGAAUAUUCGACCGAAGCUUAUCCAAGAUUAUCUGUGUCCAGUGAAUAGUGUCGUGAUGUCGUAGUGUCGUGGAUACGUUAAAAAUUUGGUAGUGGUACCGCGUACGGAAAACUGGACACCACGGUUAUCAUAGGCCGCGAGCGCAUACAGGCUCGUGUCUCCAAGAAAUGGUUGGCGGUGGCGACAUAUUUUCCAUAGUAGGUGAACAUAGUGUACCCAGUGCGAUUUUCUUGGGCGGGAUGAACAUGCCAGUCGAAAAUGAAAAUGACGGCCGAAAUUAAAAUUCAUGCCCACCCCGAGAAUGCUGCCAUUGGCUGGUAAUUAUCGUCGCGCUCGGAAUUUCGUCGCGUUCGGAAUUUCCGCUCUGGCAGACCGAUUCUGAAGAUUCCAAAAACUUCGAUUUUUGGCAUUUUCGUUUGGGGGGCUUGGGGCAGUGUAGGGCGGAAUGACUGGCAUGACCAAAAUGCAGUCGCAAUUGCCAUCUACUUCUAACGUCCAGCUACGUAUAUACGUGUUUACUUAUCCGCAUUUAGUUUCGUUCUUGCUUGUGUACUAGAAGUGUAGAGCACGAAUGAUGAAUCCUAUCCCGAUGGCAUUAUCUCCCAGAAAGUUUACCGUUCAGCUGUGCUAAAGAAAGUUUGUGUCAUCCCAGGUUAUAAGUAGUGCUAUAGACUUUUAAUCAGCAGAGAAAUUCUGGAGGCAAUUAGAUGUUGCUUUUAGACUACAUGUGCGUAAGUCUGGUGUUUCCGGCUCAAUUGAUGAAUUUUCUAUUUUCGUGUUACGAAUAAAAGGGGAGUCCCCGAAGCGGUUAUCCGCGAAUGCGAUGAAAAGAUUUGAAUAUCAAACAUCUA